ACAAUAAAACUUGGUCAGGAUGUGUAAAUGAUGUAAAGACACAAGACAAAAUAGCAAUGUUCUACAUUUUUAAGCACACACCCAAGGUGUUGGUUUGGCUGGUCCUGUUGACGGGGGAUCUCGGCGUUCAAGGUAUCACCAAAAAUGUCUGUACACUGGAAAAAGUUUCCUUCGAUAUGGAAGAAUUCCAAGCUAGGUUUAAGAGUAUCCUAGAAGGUGUGAACAACACCAACGUCCAUAAACCCGACCCAAACAACAAACUUGAACAAAGUUCCUUGUGUGGUCAGACUCUUGUUGACCAGUCGCAGACCGUUGUUAGGGGCGAGGAAGCUCCAGAGAAUGCUUGGCCGUGGUACGUCUAUCUCCUGACACAUGUCUCUGAUGGAACUGCGAUGUGUGGAGGUUCAAUUCUCUCCGAGUGGUGGAUCCUGACAGCUGGGCACUGUAUGAUUUCACAGAACUCUACUAUCAUGGUUUAUUUUGGAUUAAAUGACAUAACGCAAGUGGACACGGCAAAACCUAUAAAAGCUGAGAAGCGUUUUACAAAAUUUUAUGUUAAAGAUGGAAUUGGUUACAAUGAUAUCCUGCUUCUCAAGCUUGAAUCUCCUAUAGUCUUCUCUGACGCAAUCAGGCCGGUCUGCUUGCCCGAGGAGGACAUGAGCAAGUCCAAAAAUUGUUUUAGUAUUGGAUUUGGAGCAACCGCUCCUGAGGGAGAAGGUUCUAAAAACUUGAUGCAAAUCAAAUCCAACCCCAUGGAUUAUAAACUUUGCAGGUUUUUUCUUCGCUAUAUUUCUCGUUUUAACCACACAGAAUAUUUGUUUUGUGCCGAUGAGGAGCAAGGCCAAGGGACAUGUUCUGGUGAUUCAGGGGGCCCAAUGAUUUGUAAGGCAAAUGGGAAAUAUUUUAUCGUCGGCGUAACGUCUACGUCAUUUCGUUGUGCAGAGAGUGAGUUACCUUCUGGCUUGGUUUCAGUGUAUGCCUGGGUAGAGUGGAUUAAAACUACAAUCAAAUCCAAUUCGUAAUGAGUUACGGUAGAAACAAUAAGCCUAAUCUUUAAACCAUCUUUGUUUACAAUUCAAUACAAUCAUAUGCUCUAACUGGAGACGUAUGAGAUUUUGUAAAUGAACAUUCAAAUUUAAUGCUCUAUGGAACACAUUUUUUAAAGGGCUGUUUUACUUUGUUUUCCCAUGGUAAAAAUAAUUUUGUUUAUAUACUAAGGUAAAAG